AUGGUAGAUUCAAAGCUUACAAAGCAGUUUCAAGAUAAAGAAAAGUCUAAUUCAGUAAGAUUAUCUAAUAUAACAGCAGCUAAAGCAGUUGCAGAUACCAUUCGUACAUCUCUAGGCCCUAAAGGCAUGGAUAAGAUGAUACAAACAAGUAAAGGAGAUGUAAUAUUGACUAAUGACGGAGCUACUAUUUUAAAACAUUUGUCAGUUGUACAUCCAGCAGCAAAAAUGUUAGUGGAUGUGUCAUUUUCUCAAGAUAUUGAGGCAGGAGAUGGUACAACAACGGUAGUAGUUAUUACGGGAAGUCUUUUGAGUGCAGCAGAAAAAUUAUUAGCAAAAGGGAUUCAUCCUACGAUUAUUGCGGAAUCGUUUCAGAGAGCGGCGACUCAUGCAGUGAAUGCACUUGAAACAUGUUCGAAAGAAAUUGAUCUUUCGGAUAGAAAUACGCUUAUUAGAGUAGCUAGUACGUCGCUUAAUUCAAAGAUUGUAUCACAAUAUUCAGUGUUAUUGGCACCUAUAGCAGUCGAUGCAAUUACGAAAGUGAUUAGUUCUUUUUCGGCAAAUAAUGUAGAUAUAUCAGAUAUUCGAAUUGUUAAAAAGGUAGGAGGUACAAUUGACGAUACGGAGCUUGUGGAUGGGCUUGUAUUAUCACAAUCAGUAAUUAAAACGACAGGUGGGCCUACACGAAUGGAGAAAGCAAAGAUAGGAUUGAUACAAUUUCAAUUAUCUCCGCCAAAACCAGAUUUGGAAAAUCAAAUUGUUGUUAAUGAUUAUCGUCAAAUGGAUAAAAUUUUAAAAGAAGAGAGACAAUAUAUACUUAAUAUUUGUAAAAAAAUUAAAAAAACGGGGUGUAAUGUAUUACUUAUACAGAAAUCGAUUUUAAGAGAUGCUGUUAAUGAUCUUUCUCUUCAUUUUUUAUCAAAACUAAAAAUUCUUGUUGUUAAAGAUAUUGAACGUGAUGAAAUAGAAUUUAUUUGUAAGAGUACUGGUUGUAAACCUAUUGCAGAUAUCGAUUCAUUCACAGAAGAUAAACUUGGAAGUGCUGAUCUUGUGGAAGAAGUUCAAUCGUAUGGUGAACAUAUUGUAAAAAUCAUAGGAGUAAAAGGAUCUGUAAAAACUGUUUCUAUAUUAUGUCGUGGUGCAAAUCGACUUGUUUUAGAAGAAGCAGAACGUUCUCUUCAUGAUGCUCUUUGUGUUAUUCGAUGUUUAGUUAAGAAAAGAGCGCUUAUUGCAGGAGGAGGAGCACCUGAAAUUGAAGCAUCACAACAUUUAAUGAAGCUUGCUAGAACGUUAAGUGGAACAGAAGCCUUUUGUUUUCAGGCUUUUGCAGAAGCUUUAGAAGUAAUUCCAAUCACCCUUGCUGAAAAUGCUGGGUUGGAUAGUAUUAAAAUAGUUACAGAAUUAAGAAAUAGACAUGAAAAAGGUGAAACAACAGCUGGAAUUAAUGUUCGAAAGGGAAUGGUUACAAAUAUUCUUGAAGAAAAUAUUUUUCAGCCUUUAUUAGUAAGUACAUCUGCUUUAGAAUUAUCAGCAGAAACUUGCAAAAUGAUAUUAAAGGUUGAUGAUCUAACCUUUAGUCGUUAA